AUGCCAUCAUCAUUCCCAAUAUCAAUAAUUCUUUUGUUAUUUGUCUUACUAAAUGGUUACCGAUUUGCUUCAGUUCUGUAUAAUGAUCGAUCAAUAUCAUCAUCACAUUAUCCAUUCGCGUUUUUAUUACAAUAUCCUUCACGUGUGAAUGCUCAACCGUUGUUAAUACCUAUUGAACUCAAUAAUCAACAACAUGAUAAUCUAUUAUCCGAGCAUACAAUAUCAACUCGUGCUGCUUUUGAUCCUACAUUGACAUUGAAUACUAAAAUUAGACCAAGAUCAAGUAGAAAUUCAUGGUUUCUUGGUUCAACAUAUCGUAAACUUGUACCGGUUAAUGAUCCGGCUGAGUAUAAUGAUGCAAAGUAUGGAUGGCGAUGGGGUUAA